AUGUCAACACCAGCCACUACGCAGCCACCGACCACUACGUCGCCACCGACCACUACGUCGUCACCAGCCACUACGUCACCACCGACCACUACGUCACCACCAGCCACUACGCAGCCACCGACCACUACGUUGCCACCACCCACUACGUCGCCACCGAGCACUACGUCGCUUCCGACCACUACGUCGCCACCGACCACUACAUCGCCACCGACCACUACGCGGCCACCAACCACUACACCGCCAACGACCACUAACUCGCCACCGACCACUACGUCGCCACCAGCAACUACGCAGCCACCGACCACUACGUCACCACCGACCACUACGCGGCUACCAACCACUACACCGACUACUAACUCGCCACCGGUCACUACGUCACCACCGACCACUACCGGCCACCUUGCAGCCACCAGCCACUACGCAGCCACCAGUCACUACGCAGCCACCAGCCACUACGUAGCCAUCGACCACUACGGCACCACCGACCACUACGCAGCCAUCAACCACUACGCAACCACCAGACACUACGUCGCCAACAGCCACUACGCAGCCACCGACCACUUCACCGCCACCGACAACUACGUCGUUUCCGACAACUACGCCGCCACCAACCACUACGCCGCCACCGACCACUGCGUCACCACCAACAACUACGCCGCCACCGACCACUACGCCGCCACCGACCACUACGCCGCCACUGACCACUACGUAACCACCGACCACUACGCCGCCAACGACCACUAUGUCUCCACCGACCACUACGUCACCACCGACCACUAUGUCACCACCAGCCACUACGCCGCCACCGACCACUACGUUGCCACCACCCACUACGUCGCCACCGGCCACUACGUCGCCACCGACCACUAUGCCGCCACCGACCACUACGUCGCCACCGACCACUACGUCGCUUCCGACCACUACAUCGCCACCGACCACUACGCGGCCACCAACCACUACGUCACCAGCAACCACUCAGCCGCCACCAACCACUACGCCGCCACUGACCACUACGCCGCCACCGACCACUACGUCAAGACCAACCACUAUGUCACCACCGACUACUACGCCGCCGACCACUACGCCGCCAACGACCACUACGCCGCCACCGACCACUACGUCGCCACCACCCACUACGUCGCCACCGACCACUACGUCGCUUCCGACCACUACGUCGCCACCGACCACUACGCCAUCACUGACCACUACGUCGGAACGGAGUUAUACAAGAGCAACUUCUCAGCAGAGAUGGCCUUCAUCUAA